AUGGAAUGGGUGACAAGAUACUUCUUGUACCAGGUGAACAAGUGGAGUGCAUGGCAAAAAAUGGCAGCAGACCAAGCAAAGCCUGGGCAUGUUUGCUAUGCUGAACAUCAGAAGGAUCUGUGGAAUAUGCUUGCCAUCGAUGUGGAUAACAGGUUUCAAUUGUCCAACCAUUAUUAUAAGCCGCUUGUCAUGUAA